UAGACAGUAGACACGCAAUACACAAACGACUUUUGGCGCCAAUGGAUCUUGAUCUUUGUGUUGAUCCUUGAUCUUGACAUUUAUUCCGCUAGGACUACUAGUAGUAUGCAGAUGCCGCUCCAGAGGCCUAGCUCAGGAAUAAUCCCGGGGCACCUGUAACAUCAUUAAGAUCAAGACUAUAAUAUCAAGAUCAAGAUCGAGUAACCACGUGGGUUUUGUUUACAUCCCUCCGUCUCACGCUGCGUGCCACACACCCCUUCACAUUUCCUCUAUUUCCCUUCGAUCUCCACCAGUUAGGAGCAUGGAAGAGGGCCAGGAGGAGAGAAUGGAGGAGGAGGAAGCCAUGGAAGGAGGGAGCGAAGAGGAGGAAGAGGCAGGAGAAGGAGGAGGAGAGCUAGAAUGCGACUUUUCCGCCUAUAAACUUUUUCAUGAGGGAAGCACUGGAGCCCCAUGCCUGAGUUUUGACAUCCUGAGAGACACCCUGGGAGACUCACGCACUUGUGACAACCCUGUGACUGUGUAUUUUGUUGCUGGGACACAGGCUGCACGUGUACACCUCAAUACUGUGCUUGUUAUGAAGGUGAGCAAGCUCUCCAAGAUGAAGGAAAGUGAGAGUGAGAGUGAGAGCGAGCUGGAGGACGAGGAGGACGAGGGGAGAGAGCCACAGAUUGCGUCAGCCUCGUACAGACACAGUGGUGGAGUCAACAGGAUCAGGGCCACCACCAUCAACAAUGUGCAGGUCGCAGCCUCCUGGUCCGAGUUGGGUCAGGUCAACAUCUGGGACCUGACCCCGCUGCUGGAGGAGGUGGAGGCAGGGUCAGGCUGGGGUCGGGUCAUGGUAGAGAUGACCUGCCCUCUCUUCACAUUCCGAGGUCACCGGUCAGAAGGAUUUGCCCUCGAUUGGUCACCUGUCAUAUCUGGUACUCUAGCAUCAGGGGACUGUCAGCGGGCAAUACACAUCUGGCGGCCACAGGAGGGGGCGGUGGCAGGUGAGCACCUCCCCCUCACUGCACACACUGCUUCUGUGGAGGACCUGCAGUGGUCACCCUCAGAGGCAAGCGUCCUGGCAUCCUGCUCUGUGGACAGGAGUAUACGGGUGUGGGAUGUGCGUGCAGCCCCCAACAAGGCCUGCAUGAUCACACGUACAGACGCACACACCAGCGACAUCAACGUGCUGCAUUGGAACCGCUGUGAACCGUUCCUGGUGUCCGGCGGCGAUGACGGAUGUGUGCGGGUGUGGGACCUCCGGAAUAUGCAGGGUGGCGGUGGUGCUGUGGCAGAGCUGAAGCACCACUCAGCGCCAGUCAGCACCGUGGAGUGGCACCCCAGCGAGGGCUCCGUGCUGGCCAGCGGGGAGGACGACGCCAUCUUGCAGUGGGACCUGGCUGUGGAGAGGGAGGCAGCCGAGGAGGGGGAGGAUGUGCCAGAGCAGCUGCUGUUCGUGCACCGCGGUCAGCAGGAGGUGAAGGAGUUACACUGGCACCCUCAGAUCCCCGGCCUGCUGGUGUCCACAGCUCACAGCGGCUUCAAUAUCUUUAAGACCAUCAGCUGCUGAGGUG